AUGGCCGUCCUCGAAGAGAACUUCCCCGGCAUCCCUCCAUUCCCAGAUGACGUUGUCACCGCUCCUCUCUACCGUCUGUCCCUCGAGAAGCUGUUGAACAAGGACCAGGAUGAAGUCCGGCGGUUCUGCACCGCAUGCGAAGACCUAGGGUUCUUCUACCUUGACUUCCGCGGCACCAAACAAGGAGAAGUGAUCCUUGACGAAGCCGACAAGCUGUUCGGUGUCGGCGAACGUCUCUUUGAUCUAGAUAUCGAAGAGAAGAAGAAGUACGACUUUAGCCAGAAAAACUCGUACUUUGGCUACAAAGCAGCCGGUGCAGCUGUGGUCGACAAGAAGGGGAACCGUGACCGCAAUGAAUUCUACAAUGUUCGUGUUGAGCCCAUCAUUGCGCUGAUUUACAAGUUUGCAAGGCUAUUUCUCGACCAGAUUGCUAAAAAGAAGCCAACGCAGGUGUCAAAGGACGACAUUCUCGACGUCGCUGAGCAUUGGCCGGCGCCUGAAUUGCUCCAUCAAUCCCGCCCGUUACUCAAAUCGUUCAUGGCCAACGCCCAUGCUGUCGUGACCCUUAUCCUCAACCUUUUAAAUGGACACCUGGAACUCCCGGAGUCAACCUUGGUCAACAAACAUCGCAUAAACCGUCCGACAGGUGAUCAAGUGCGCUUCAUCAAAGCACCACCACAGCCAAUGAAUGAUCGACGUACGGCGUUGGGACAGCACACUGACUUUGGCAGCGUGACGGUCCUUUUUAACCGGGUUGGCGGUUUGCAGAUUCUGCCUCCGGGCAAGGAUGCGGAGUGGUGCUAUGUCCGGCCGCUUCCCGGGCACGCAAUUAUCAACCUGGGAGAUGCAAUGGUCAAGUUCACAAACGGGUUGCUGAGAUCUAACAUACAUCGGGUUGUCUCUCCGCCCGGUGCCCAGGCAGAUGUCACCAGGUAUAGUUUAGUGUACUUUUCUCGCCCGGAGGAAGAUGUGCUUUUGAAACGAUUGGACGGGAGCUCCAAGAUCCCACCUCUUCCGGAGGGAGUGGUUGAAGAGGAUAUCAAGAGCAAGGAUUGGAUUAUUCGCCGAGGUUUAGGAAAUCGGGUCGAUUUGCACAAGAAAAUUGACUAUGAGAAAAGUGCGGGAACUGAAUUGCUAAGUCGCCGGCUCUGA